AUGGUCCGUGCAUCUCCUCCGAUGAUUGUCGUGGCGCAGGUCCCUCCAUUGGCUGAGAAGGCCAAUCAUCCGUCUCUGUUGUCUUUGAACUCGGCGCUGGCCACUUCUGUAGCUGUAAUGAUGGCCUAUUCGUAUUUUUCAGUGGUUGUGAAGGUGCAUCUUCCUCCGUUGGCUGAGAAGGCCGCUCACCCGUCCGUUGUCUUCAAACUCGGCGCUGGCGACUCUUUAAGUCGUGGUGAUGGUCCGUGCAUCUCCUCCGAUGAUUGUCGUGGCGCAGGUCCCUCCAUUGGCUGAGAAGGCCAAUCAUCCGUCUCUGUUGUCUUUGAACUCGGCGCUGGCCACUUCUGUAGCUGUAAUGAGGGCCUAUUCGUCUUUUUCAGUGGUUGUGAAGGUGCAUCUUCCUCCGUUGGCUGAGAAGGCCGCUCACCCGUCCGUUGUCUUCAAACUCGGCGCUGGCGACUCUUUAAGUCGUGGUGAUGGUCCGUGCAUCUCCUCCGAUGAUUGUCGUGGCGCAGGUCCCUCCAUUGGCUGAGAAGGCCAAUCAUCCGUCUCUGUUGUCUUUGAACUCGGCGCUGGCCACUUCUGUAGCUGUAAUGAGGGCCUAUUCGUCUUUUUUUCAGUGGUUGUGAAGGUGCAUCUUCCUCCGUUGGCUGAGAAGGCCGCUCACCCGUCCGUUGUCUUCAAACUCGGCGCUGGCGACUCUUUAAGUCGUGGUGAUGGUCCGUGCAUCUCCUCCGAUGAUUGUCGCGGCGCAGGUCUCUCCAUUGGCUGAGAAGGCCAAUCAUCCGUCUCUGUUGUCUUUGAACUCGGCGCUGGCCACUUCUGUAGCUGUAAUGAUGGCCUAUUCGUAUUUUUUUUCAGUGGUUGUGAAGGUGCAUCUUCCUCCGUUGGCUGAGAAGGCCGCUCACCCGUCCGUUGUCUUCAAACUCGGCGCUGGCGACUCUUUAAGUCGUGGUGAUGGUCCGUGCAUCUCCUCCGAUGAUUGUCGCGGCGCAGGUCCCUCCAUUGGCUGAGAAGGCCAAUCAUCCGUCUCUGUUGUCUUUGAACUCGGCGCUGGCCACUUCUGUAGCUGUAAUGAGGGCCUAUUCGUCUUUUUUUCAGUGGUUGUGAAGGUGCAUCUUCCUCCGUUGGCUGAGAAGGCCGCUCACCCGUCCGUUGUCUUCAAACUCGGCGCUGGCGACUCUUUAAGUCGUGGUGAUGGUCCGUGCAUCUCCUCCGAUGAUUGUCGUGGCGCAGGUCCCUCCAUUGGCUGAGAAGGCCAAUCAUCCGUCUCUGUUGUCUUUGAACUCGGCGCUGGCCACUUCUGUAGCUGUAAUGAUGGCCUAUUCGUAUUUUUUUCAGUGGUUGUGAAGGUGCAUCUUCCUCCGUUGGCUGAGAAGGCCGCUCACCCGUCCGUUGUCUUCAAACUCGGCGCUGGCGACUCUUUAAGUCGUGGUGAUGGUCCGUGCAUCUCCUCCGAUGAUUGUCGUGGCGCAGGUCCCUCCAUUGGCUGAGAAGGCCAAUCAUCCGUCUCUGUUGUCUUUGAACUCGGCGCUGGCCACUUCUGUAGCUGUAAUGAGGGCCUAUUCGUCUUUUUCAGUGGUUGUGAAGGUGCAUCUUCCUCCGUUGGCUGAGAAGGCCGCUCACCCGUCCGUUGUCUUCAAACUCGGCGCUGGCGACUCUUUAAGUCGUGGUGAUGGUCCGUGCAUCUCCUCCGAUGAUUGUCGUGGCGCAGGUCCCUCCAUUGGCUGAGAAGGCCAAUCAUCCGUCUCUGUUGUCUUUGAACUCGGCGCUGGCCACUUCUGUAGCUGUAAUGAGGGCCUAUUCGUCUUUUUUUCAGUGGUUGUGAAGGUGCAUCUUCCUCCGUUGGCUGAGAAGGCCGCUCACCCGUCCGUUGUCUUCAAACUCGGCGCUGGCGACUCUUUAAGUCGUGGUGAUGGUCCGUGCAUCUCCUCCGAUGAUUGUCGUGGCGCAGGUCCCUCCAUUGGCUGAGAAGGCCAAUCAUCCGUCUCUGUUGUCUUUGAACUCGGCGCUGGCCACUUCUGUAGCUGUAAUGAGGGCCUAUUCGUCUUUUUCAGUGGUUGUGAAGGUGCAUCUUCCUCCGUUGGCUGAGAAGGCCGCUCACCCGUCCGUUGUCUUCAAACUCGGCGCUGGCGACUCUUUAAGUCGUGGUGAUGGUCCGUGCAUCUCCUCCGAUGAUUGUCGUGGCGCAGGUCCCUCCAUUGGCUGAGAAGGCCAAUCAUCCGUCUCUGUUGUCUUUGAACUCGGCGCUGGCCACUUCUGUAGCUGUAAUGAGGGUCUAUUCGUCUUUUUCAGUGGUUGUGAAGGUGCAUCUUCCUCCGUUGGCUGAGAAGGCCGCUCACCCGUCCGUUGUCUUCAAACUCGGCGCUGGCGACUCUUUAAGUCGUGGUGAUGGUCCGUGCAUCUCCUCCGAUGAUUGUCGUGGCGCAGGUCCCUCCAUUGGCUGAGAAGGCCAAUCAUCCGUCUCUGUUGUCUUUGAACUCGGCGCUGGCCACUUCUGUAGCUGUAAUGAGGGCCUAUUCGUCUUUUUCAGUGGUUGUGAAGGUGCAUCUUCCUCCGUUGGCUGAGAAGGCCGCUCACCCGUCCGUUGUCUUCAAACUCGGCGCUGGCGACUCUUUAAGUCGUGGUGAUGGUCCGUGCAUCUCCUCCGAUGAUUGUCGUGGCGCAGGUCCCUCCAUUGGCUGAGAAGGCCAAUCAUCCGUCUCUGUUGUCUUUGAACUCGGCGCUGGCCACUUCUGUAGCUGUAAUGAGGGCCUAUUCGUCUUUUUCAGUGGUUGUGAAGGUGCAUCUUCCUCCGUUGGCUGAGAAGGCCGCUCACCCGUCCGUUGUCUUCAAACUCGGCGCUGGCGACUCUUUAAGUCGUGGUGAUGGUCCGUGCAUCUCCUCCGAUGAUUGUCGCGGCGCAGGUCCCUCCAUUGGCUGAGAAGGCCAAUCAUCCGUCUCUGUUGUCUUUGAACUCGGCGCUGGCCACUUCUGUAGCUGUAAUGAGGGCCUAUUCGUCUUUUUCAGUGGUUGUGAAGGUGCAUCUUCCUCCGUUGGCUGAGAAGGCCGCUCACCCGUCCGUUGUCUUCAAACUCGGCGCUGGCGACUCUUUAAGUCGUGGUGAUGGUCCGUGCAUCUCCUCCGAUGAUUGUCGUGGCGCAGGUCCCUCCAUUGGCUGAGAAGGCCAAUCAUCCGUCUCUGUUGUCUUUGAACUCGGCGCUGGCCACUUCUGUAGCUGUAAUGAGGGCCUAUUCGUCUUUUUCAGUGGUUGUGAAGGUGCAUCUUCCUCCGUUGGCUGAGAAGGCCGCUCACCCGUCCGUUGUCUUCAAACUCGGCGCUGGCGACUCUUUAAGUCGUGGUGAUGAUCCGUGCAUCUCCUCCGAUGAUUGUCGUGGCGCAGGUCCCUCCAUUGGCUGAGAAGGCCAAUCAUCCGUCUCUGUUGUCUUUGAACUCGGCGCUGGCCACUUCUGUAGCUGUAAUGAGGGCCUAUUCGUCUUUUUCAGUGGUUGUGAAGGUGCAUCUUCCUCCGUUGGCUGAGAAGGCCGCUCACCCGUCCGUUGUCUUCAAACUCGGCGCUGGCGACUCUUUAAGUCGUGGUGAUGGUCCGUGCAUCUCCUCCGAUGAUUGUCGUGGCGCAGGUCCCUCCAUUGGCUGAGAAGGCCAAUCAUCCGUCUCUGUUGUCUUUGAACUCGGCGCUGGCCACUUCUGUAGCUGUAAUGAGGGCCUAUUCGUCUUUUUCAGUGGUUGUGAAGGUGCAUCUUCCUCCGUUGGCUGAGAAGGCCGCUCACCCGUCCGUUGUCUUCAAACUCGGCGCUGGCGACUCUUUAAGUCGUGGUGAUGAUCCGUGCAUCUCCUCCGAUGAUUGUCGUGGCGCAGGUCCCUCCAUUGGCUGAGAAGGCCAAUCAUCCGUCUCUGUUGUCUUUGAACUCGGCGCUGGCCACUUCUGUAGCUGUAAUGAUGGCCUAUUCGUCUUUUUCAGUGGUUGUGAAGGUGCAUCUUCCUCCGUUGGCUGAGAAGGCCGCUCACCCGUCCGUUGUCUUCAAACUCGGCGCUGGCGACUCUUUAAGUCGUGGUGAUGGUCCGUGCAUCUCCUCCGAUGAUUGUCGUGGCGCAGGUCCCUCCAUUGGCUGAGAAGGCCAAUCAUCCGUCUCUGUUGUCUUUGAACUCGGCGCUGGCCACUUCUGUAGCUGUAAUGAGGGCCUAUUCGUCUUUUUUUCAGUGGUUGUGAAGGUGCAUCUUCCUCCGUUGGCUGAGAAGGCCGCUCACCCGUCCGUUGUCUUCAAACUCGGCGCUGGCGACUCUUUAAGUCGUGGUGAUGGUCCGUGCAUCUCCUCCGAUGAUUGUCGUGGCGCAGGUCCCUCCAUUGGCUGAGAAGGCCAAUCAUCCGUCUCUGUUGUCUUUGAACUCGGCGCUGGCCACUUCUGUAGCUGUAAUGAGGGCCUAUUCGUCUUUUUCAGUGGUUGUGAAGGUGCAUCUUCCUCCGUUGGCUGAGAAGGCCGCUCACCCGUCCGUUGUCUUCAAACUCGGCGCUGGCGACUCUUUAAGUCGUGGUGAUGGUCCGUGCAUCUCCUCCGAUGAUUGUCGUGGCGCAGGUCCCUCCAUUGGCUGAGAAGGCCAAUCAUCCGUCUCUGUUGUCUUUGAACUCGGCGCUGGCCACUUCUGUAGCUGUAAUGAUGGCCUAUUCGUAUUUUUCAGUGGUUGUGAAGGUGCAUCUUCCUCCGUUGGCUGAGAAGGCCGCUCACCCGUCCGUUGUCUUCAAACUCGGCGCUGGCGACUCUUUAAUUCGUGGUGAUGGUCCGUGCAUCUCCUCCGAUGAUUGUCGUGGCGCAGGUCCCUCCAUUGGCUGAGAAGGCCAAUCAUCCGUCUCUGUUGUCUUUGAACUCGGCGCUGGCCACUUCUGUAGCUGUAAUGAGGGCCUAUUCGUCUUUUUCAGUGGUUGUGAAGGUGCAUCUUCCUCCGUUGGCUGAGAAGGCCGCUCACCCGUCCGUUGUCUUCAAACUCGGCGCUGGCGACUCUUUAAGUCGUGGUGAUGAUCCGUGCAUCUCCUCCGAUGAUUGUCGUGGCGCAGGUCCCUCCAUUGGCUGAGAAGGCCAAUCAUCCGUCUCUGUUGUCUUUGAACUCGGCGCUGGCCACUUCUGUAGCUGUAAUGAGGGCCUAUUCGUCUUUUUUUCAGUGGUUGUGAAGGUGCAUCUUCCUCCGUUGGCUGAGAAGGCCGCUCACCCGUCCGUUGUCUUCAAACUCGGCGCUGGCGACUCUUUAAGUCGUGGUGAUGGUCCGUGCAUCUCCUCCGAUGAUUGUCGUGGCGCAGGUCCCUCCAUUGGCUGAGAAGGCCAAUCAUCCGUCUCUGUUGUCUUUGAACUCGGCGCUGGCCACUUCUGUUGCUGUAAUGAGGGCCUAUUCGUCUUUUUUUCAGUGGUUGUGAAGGUGCAUCUUCCUCCGUUGGCUGAGAAGGCCGCUCACCCGUCCGUUGUCUUCAAACUCGGCGCUGGCGACUCUUUAAGUCGUGGUGAUGGUCCGUGCAUCUCCUCCGAUGAUUGUCGCGGCGCAGGUCCCUCCAUUGGCUGAGAAGGCCAAUCAUCCGUCUCUGUUGUCUUUGAACUCGGCGCUGGCCACUUCUGUAGCUGUAAUGAUGGCCUAUUCGUAUUUUUUUCAGUGGUUGUGAAGGUGCAUCUUCCUCCGUUGGCUGAGAAGGCCGCUCACCCGUCCGUUGUCUUCAAACUCGGCGCUGGCGACUCUUUAAGUCGUGGUGAUGGUCCGUGCAUCUCCUCCGAUGAUUGUCGUGGCGCAGGUCCCUCCAUUGGCUGAGAAGGCCAAUCAUCCGUCUCUGUUGUCUUUGAACUCGGCGCUGGCCACUUCUGUAGCUGUAAUGAUGGCCUAUUCGUAUUUUUUUCAGUGGUUGUGAAGGUGCAUCUUCCUCCGUUGGCUGAGAAGGCCGCUCACCCGUCCGUUGUCUUCAAACUCGGCGCUGGCGACUCUUUAAGUCGUGGUGAUGGUCCGUGCAUCUCCUCCGAUGAUUGUCGCGGCGCAGGUCCCUCCAUUGGCUGAGAAGGCCAAUCAUCCGUCUCUGUUGUCUUUGAACUCGGCGCUGGCCACUUCUGUAGCUGUAAUGAGGGCCUAUUCGUCUUUUUCAGUGGUUGUGAAGGUGCAUCUUCCUCCGUUGGCUGAGAAGGCCGCUCACCCGUCCGUUGUCUUCAAACUCGGCGCUGGCGACUCUUUAAGUCGUGGUGAUGGUCCGUGCAUCUCCUCCGAUGAUUGUCGCAGCGCAGGUCCCUCCAUUGGCUGAGAAGGCCAAUCAUCCGUCUCUGUUGUCUUUGAACUCGGCGCUGUCAACUUCUGUAGCUGUAAUGAUGGUCCGUUCAUCUCCUCCGAUGAUUCCUCCGAUGAUGACUCCUCCGAUCGCGCAAGUCCCUCCGUUGGCUGAGAAGGCCAAUCAUCCGUGCUCAAUGCAGUGGAAGACGUGA